AAGAUGGCGUCGGCUACAGAUUCACGUUAUGGACAGAAGGACUCAGCAGAACAGAACUUUGACUACAUGUUCAAGAUCUUGAUCAUUGGAAAUAGCAGUGUGGGAAAAACGAGUUUCCUGUUCCGCUAUGCAGACGAUUCCUUCACGCCAGCUUUCGUCAGUACUGUGGGCAUUGACUUCAAAGUGAAGACAAUUUACAGGAAUGACAAGAGGAUAAAACUCCAGAUAUGGGACACAGCUGGUCAGGAGCGAUACAGGACUAUCACCACUGCUUACUACAGAGGAGCCAUGGGGUUCAUCCUCAUGUAUGACAUCACGAACGAGGACUCUUUCAAUGCUGUUCAGGACUGGUCCACGCAGAUCAAGACGUAUUCCUGGGACAAUGCCCAGGUGCUGUUGGUGGGAAAUAAAUGUGAUAUGGAAGAUGAGAGGGUCGUAGCUGCAGAGAGGGGAAGACAGCUGUCCGAGCAGUUGGGCUUUGAGUUCUUUGAAACUAGCGCUAAGGACAACAUCAACGUGAGGCAGACAUUUGAGCGGUUGGUGGAUAUCAUCUGUGAGAAAAUGUCAGAAAGUCUUGAUGCUGACCCUGCUGUGACAGGAGCCAAACAAGGGCCACAGCUCUCAGAUCAGCCUCAACGCAGCCACCAGGACUGUGCUUGCUAA